GCUUAGUAUAAAUUUAUACUAAAGCUAGUACAAAGUUAAGACAGUUAUUUUGGACAGAGGGAGUAUAACACAAGAUAUGUUUGGUUUGGUUCGUAGUCAAGAUAUGUACUCUUGUCACCACGUGAGAUGCCGAAUAUCAAACACAUCAUGUGCUAUGCUUUUGAAGUUUCAACACCAACGAUAUGGAAGCAAAUGAUGCGCCAAACAUUUGGCCCCGCCGCGAUCUAAUCCAAACUAAUCAUACCGCAACACCGCAUGCGCCCAUCACAUGGCCUUGCCUUGCGCCGACACGAUGAUGCCCUUCCCCUCGUCUCGCUUAUAAAUCCAGCAAACGGCACAGCUCAACGGCAUCACUUGAUCGGCACACAUAUCCACCACCACCUUAGCUGAGCAUCACAACAUCCGUAUCACACAUACUCCACCAAAUCUCCAGCUGAAAACCAAGCGACCAUGGCCGGUGCCAAGAGACUUGCUCAGCUGGCAAAGAGGGUGGAAGCACUCGGGAGGAAGAGGCUCACCGGGUCGGCCAAGGAAGACGAAGACUGCUGCACUUCUUCACCGGCCAAGGGCCACUGCGUCAUGUACACGGCCGACGGGCGGCGCUUCGAGGUCCCGCUGGUGUACCUCGGCACGACGGUCUUCGGGGAGCUCCUGAGGAUGUCUCGGGACGAGUUUGGCUCCGCGGCCGAUGGCAAGAUCACGCUGCCCUGCGACGCCGUGGUGAUGGAGUACAUCAUGUGCUUGCUGAGGAGGAAUGCCUCCGCCGCGGUCGAGGAAGCGGUGCUGAGCUCUAUGCUGACGCCUUGCCACUACACUGGCUCUGUGAUGCCUACCGUUGGAGCCGGCAAUCAGAUUUGCUGUUUGUAGCUGCUGAGGAACGGCAGGCGUAGACGCUGUUGAUGUCUUCUGUCUUGAGCCUGGAUAGCGUAAGAUAGUUAGAUU